AUGGCUGCUAUGUCCGUCAUUGGAAUAGACUUUGGUAACGAUAGCUGUUAUGUUGCCGUUGCCAGAGCCGGUGGUAUUGAAACAAUUGCUAAUGAUUACAGCUUGAGGGGCACGCCAUCAUGCGUGGCAUUCAGCGAGAAAAAUCGUAUCCUCGGUGUUGCUGCUAAGAAUCAAAUGAUAACUAAUAUGAAGAAUACGAUUUAUGGAUUCAAAAGGCUGUUGGGAAGAAAGCACAAUGACCCUCAAGUUCAACAGGAACUCAGACACCUUAAUUAUCAAACUACUGAACAGCCUGAUGGAGGAAUCGGCAUUCGAGUAAAAUAUCUGAGAGAGGAACAUGUCUUUACACCAGAACAGAUCACGGCAAUGUUGUUCACUAAAUUGAAGGAAAUAUCAGAAAAUGCUCUCCAGACAUCCGUCAAUGAUUGUGUAAUCUCGGUCCCUUCGUAUUUUACUCAGGCUGAACGUCAUGCUCUUUUGGACGCUGCGCGUAUUGCUGGACUAAAUGUUUUGCGUUUGUUCAAUGAAACAACUGCUACUGCAUUAUGUUAUGGUAUUUACAAGCAAGAUUUACCAACACCAGAAACUCCACCACGAAACGUCGUGUUUGUUGACUGUGGUUACGCUAGUUUACAAGUCAGCGUUUGUGCAUUUAACAAAGGCAAACUCAAGAUGCUGGCUUGCUGCUCAGACAGCAAUUGUGGAGGCAGAGAUAUUGACCGUAUUCUUGCUAAUCAUUUCUGCAAAGACUUCCAAGCUCGUUACAAUAUUGAUCCAUUAAAUAAUCCCAAGGCUUACAUUCGAUUACUUGCUGAAGUUGAAAAAUUGAAAAAACAAAUGUCGGCUAACUCAACAAAACUUCCGAUUAACAUUGAAUGUUUUAUGGAUGAAAAAGAUGUACAUGGUGACAUGAAACGUGAGGACAUGGAAACUAUUUGUCAUCAUCUCUUCAAGCGUGUUGAAGCAGUAUUGAAAAAGACUCUUCAAGACUCUGGAUUAAAAACUGACGAGAUUCAUUCUGUGGAAAUAGCUGGAGGAUCUAGUAGAAUUCCUGCUCUUAAACGAUUGGUAGAAGAGGUAUUUGGCAAGUCAGCUUCAACAACAUUGAAUCAAGAUGAAGCUGUUGCUCGUGGUUGUGCACUUCAGUGUGCUAUGCUAAGUCCAGCUGUACGAGUACGUGAUUUUUCUGUCACUGACAUUCAACCGUAUCCAAUUAAAUUGUCAUGGGACCCAGUAGACGGCGAGCAAGGAGAGGUUGAAAUAUUUUCAUACAAUCAUCAAUUCCCAUUUUCCAAGUAUUUGACGCUUAAACGUGAUCAUCCAUUUACUUUGACUGCCAGUUAUGACACACCGAUUUCUACAUAUCCAACUACUCAUAUUGGUACUUUUCAUAUUAAGAAUGUAAAACCUACGCCUGAAGGAGAACCGUCCAAAGUUAAAAUAAAGGUACGAUUGAAUUUGAACGGUAUACUGACAAUUGCAUCAGCAUCUAUGACUGAGAAACGUGAAUUAACACAAGAAGAAAAAGAGGAAGAAGAAAAACAACAGCAACAGCAGCAACAGCAACAGCAACAGCAACCCAACAUGGAGACAGAUCCAACACCACCACAGCAAGAUAAACCUGAUCAGGAAGCUCAGGCUAAUGAACCACCAGCACCAGAGGUUAGCGCAGAAAAGGGACGGCGGGACUCAGAUGCUGAUGAUGAUGAUGAUGGAAGAAAUACAAAGUCUGCACCGUCCUAUUCCUCGAGGAUACGCUCUUGGUUCAGCUCGGGUGAUGAUAAGGCUGAUGACAAAGGUAAAAAAAAAGUACCAGUUCGUUCAAUAGAUCUUCCUAUUGAAAUUAAUGCUGGAGGACUUCCUCAGCACGAAUUAGAUAUGGCUAUGGAAAAAGAGGGUAAAAUGGUCGCUGAAGACAAGCAAGAAAAAGAAAGAAUUGACGCUAAAAAUGCUUUGGAAGAGUAUGUCUAUGAUUUAAGAUCAAAAAUUUCUGAUGAAGAUCAAUUAGGACAUUUCAUUACGGAUAAUGACAGACAAGCUCUCAGUAAAGUUCUUGAUGAAGUUGAGGAUUGGUUAUAUGGUGACGGCGAAGAGUGUAAUAGACAAGUUUAUGUUGAUCGACUAGCUUCGUUGAAGGCUCAAGGAGAACCAAUUAAAGAGAAAAAACGAGAAUAUGAAGGAAGAAAAGUAGCUGUUAAUGAUUUAGCUGGUGCUCUACAAAUCGCUAAAAAAACCUAUGAUAAUAUUAAAGUAUCGUUAGGAAAAGAUGAUAAAUAUUCUCAUUUGACUGACGAGGAGCUCAAACAAGCCGCUAAAACGAUACAGGAUAAAUGGACGUGGUUAGAAGAAGCUCGUGUCGUUAUCGCAGGUACACCACUUACACAAACAUGCAGUAUCACUGUAGCACAAAUUCAUGCUGAAAAACAGGCGUUAGAUACAAUUGUACAAUCAGUUCUCAACAAACCAAAGCCUAAAGUGGAGCCACCAAAAAACGAUAAAUCGAAAGAAAAAACCACCGAGGAACAAAAAAAUCAUCAAAAUGCCCAAGGUGAUGGUCCUAAUCAGAAUAAUCAACAACAACCACCCGCAAAAGAUGAAAAAAUGGAUGUCGAGUAA